AUGGCGGCCAUUUGCGAAAUAUGGCCCAUAGGGACGCCGUCGAUGGUACUGAACGUGCAGAUUGCAAAUAUGGGAGCCUCAAAAGAUUUCAACCUGGCCCGGGAUCGAGCAGCCCGAGUGCUCGGAUGCAGAGAUUUUCAUGUUGGCGGUUUGGAUCUGGUCAGCAAUAGAUGUACCAAUUACACCGGCACUGCUCAGCAAACAAUAGCCUACAUAGAAGCGGAAUUACAGAAGAAUCAUCACAUUAUGGGUUGGCUAUCGCCGUACAACAUGCGGCACAACUUUACACAAAAUUGGUACCUUGGUCAGAUACAGUUCUUCGUAAGCAGUCUUCAUUCACAGAUCAAAUCGAUUGAAAUCAGCCUU